UAUGAGUAUUGUACAGCUUAAAAUAACUUUUAUAUUACUAUUUUCAUCUAUCUCUUCUAUUUCAAAGCAGAUUCGUUUAAGUUUUCCGUCAGACUUGAUACAUAAUAUAAUUAUACAGUUGUGUUUGUUAUUGGUAACGAAAAAAAUCCACUCACUUUCACACAACUUUUUUGUGUCGUAUUGUGUUUUGUUGCUUGUUAUUCCGUCUGUCACCGUCAGUCACUGUGUGUCAUGGUGGUUAUAAUUUUGUACUAUUUAGUUAGUUAGGUAGGUAUUCACUAAAACUGGGACUGAGUACAUGUGAUGUGAAUAAUUAAAUGAAUUCCAUAUGUUUUUAUUUUAAUUUUUUAAUCAUUUUAAUUUCAAAAUUGUUACCUUGGUUUGUUCGAGCGUACUGCUAACUACCUACUAGUCAUUUAAAAAUAUUGUGAUAUGGUGAUAAUGGCAUAUCGAGUGGUGUUGUUAAUUUUUAUUUUCGCAAUAUGUGUGAGCACGGAAGAUGAACACACUACAUCGAAGAUGACAAAAGCAGAGAGACUAAUGUUGAGAGAAGAGGCUAGAAGCAUGUUCUACCAUGCAUAUGAUGCAUACAUGUAUAAUGCAUAUCCUGCCGAUGAACUAAUGCCCCUAAGUUGCAAGGGUCGAUGGAAAGGUAUAACUCCAAGCAGAGGGGACAUGGAUGAUUCUCUGGGAAACUUCUCUCUCACCUUAGUUGACAGUUUGGAUACUCUUGUUGUGAUGGGGGAUUUCUCAGAAUUUAACAAUGCCAUCAAACUGGUCAUCAAAGACGUCACUUUCGAUCACGAUAUUAUAGUAUCUGUGUUUGAAACCAAUAUAAGAAUGCUGGGAGGAUUAUUAUCGGCUCAUGUAUUAGCUGAUGCCUUGAAACCAGAAAUACCAAUUUUGCAAUGGUAUAAUGGAGAACUAUUGGCCAUGGCUGAAGACUUGGGAAAAAGAUUGUUGCCUGCAUUCAAUACAUCGACAGGAAUACCUCAUGGACGAAUAAACCUCCGGCAUGGGAUACGAGGGCUCUCGGAGUCCCGGGAGACGUGCACAGCCUGCGCGGGGACCAUGAUUCUGGAGAUGGCAGCUCUGUCGCGGCUCACCGGCAACCUGAUCUACGAACAAAAGGCUCAUAAAGCAAUGGACAGGCUCUGGAAAAUCAGACAUAGGACGUCAGACCUGAUGGGGACGGUGAUAAACAUCCACUCGGGCGACUGGGUGCGCAAGGAUUCGGGCGUAGGCGCCGGCAUCGACUCGUACUACGAGUACUGUCUGAAGGCCUACAUCUUGCUGGGCGAUGAGAAGUACUUGGCGCGGUUCACGCGGCACUACAACGCCGUCAUGAAGUACAUCAGCCGGGGACCCGUCAUGUUGGCGGUGCACAUGCACAGGCCUCAUCUCCAGUCGCGCAACUUCAUGGACGCGCUGCUAGCGUUCUGGCCGGGGCUGCAAGUACUGCUGGGCGACGUGCGGCCCGCCGUGGAGACGCACGAGAUGCUGUACCAGGUCAUGCAGCGCCACACCUUCAUUCCCGAGGCUUUCACCACCGACUUCCAGGUUCACUGGGGCCAGCACCCCUUACGGCCGGAGUUCCUGGAGUCCACAUACUUCUUGCACCGCGCAACCGGCGACGAUCACUACUUACGCGUGGGCCGCGCGGUGCUGAAGGCAUUACAACAGUUCGCGCGCGUGCCCUGCGGUUACGCGGCCGUUAACGACGUGCGCACGCGCUUACACGAAGAUAGGAUGGACUCCUUCGUGCUGGCCGAGACUUUUAAAUACCUGUACAUGCUGUUCGGGGAAGACAAGGAUUUGCCCGUGAAGUUGGAAGACUACGUGCUGACGACGGAGGCUCACUUCUUGCCGCUGUCGCUGGCGGCUGCCGGCAAGAACACCACCUACUUCACCCUGAAGAUUGACGAUGAAGACGAAGACAAAUUCAGAAAGACAUGUCCGAACACGGCGUCUCUGGUUCCUGAGAAGGUGCGACAGCCGAUGCGUCAGCUGCUCGGCUCGACGGCCGCGCGGCCGCCGGCGAGACUCCGCCCCCUCAACGACCCGCGACAAGUGUUGGCCCUGGCCGAUAUGGGCAUAUCCGUCCUCACGCUGCCUGAUGGCCGCGUACAACUGCUUUACACAACCUCCACGGCGAAAUCAGCCAAAGACGCAGCGGAGGGUCUGACAUUCAUGCGGGAGAUGUCCAAAUGGAAUUCCAUGAGCGACACCGACAACGGUGUGGUCGCGGCCGGCGUCAAAGUGAACGACAGGAUAUUCCCCGCGGGGCCCGGCCACUUCGGGCGCGAGCUCGGCGACGCGCGCCUCUCCGGCCGGCUCGCCUUCACCGUCCCCUCCGACGCCUGCGCCGAGAUACAGAACCCCGCCGACGUCCGCGACCUAUUCGCCGUCGCCAAGCGCGGACAGUGCACCUUCGCGCAAAAGGUACGCAACAUACAAAGCGCCGGCGCCAAACUCGCCAUCAUACUAGACAACAUUCCCGACUCCACCCACGAAAUCACAGCCCUGUUCGCCAUGUCCGGAGACGGAAAGGACGACAUUCACAUACCAGCCGUAUUCUUAUACUCGAAGGAAGCCGAGUAUUUGACGGAAGUUCUCUACAGCAACCCUGAGCUCACUGUGAUCGUCGGCGACCUUAAAUCGCUGAAGCGCGAGUUCGAAGGCGAACAAUGCGACGGCGGCAACUGCGAGGCCGUCAUCGAAUCCACUGACGUCAGCGCGGACAAGGAGUCCUUCGACCAUCUCAAGAAAGUACUCAAUCAACUUGUGGCGCAGUUUGAACUGUCUCUGUCGAACGAAGACCAGGUACGUCAAAAGAAGUCCAAUGACGAUUUAGAUCUUUUCUUCGCGAAAUCAAAAGAAAAGUUUAUUAACAACAAGGCCCGAACUGAGAACACUCCGGCUUGUACUGCGAACAGUGAACCCGCGAAUCAAAUCCGAACUCAACCUAGUAGUGAGGACAAAAAGAAAGACGCACUGCCAGACAAAACUCCAGGUGAUUUCUGACACAACUUUACAAAGACUGUAAAUAAUAGUUAGGACGGUACAGUGUAAAAAGUAUGUAAAUAUUCGAUUGUAAGCACGAUACUCAAUGAAUUUUUGUGCCUUUAACAUCUGCUACAUUGAUUUGUUUUUUUUUUUUAGUUUUAUAUUCUUAAAUUAUUAUUUCGAUGAACACAAGACUGUCAUCAAUGUUUAUAUUUAAUUUGAUACUUACUUAGUAUACUUUAGAAAUAAGAUAUCUUGAAGUGUUUGAUUUAUAACCAUCUUAAACAGUUUUCUUUAUCCUUCGCUGUACUUCUGUGCAAUAAUGUUCAUCACAAUUUAAUAUACUACUGUAACACUGGUGCCUACAUAAAAAGACAGUUAACAUAUUUUCCUAAGUUGAAUAAAACUCAUUGUAAAUAAU